GCUGUUGCUAUCAAAGUUACUACACCGAGUUUGAGAGUAAGACCGUACACAUCAUCAGCAAUAACAGCAGCGAUCAUGCCGAGGCGAUCAACGCAGGAAUGGAUCCGGAUAUCGAUGCGCACACCGGGCAUCCUGAUCUUCGGGAUGGUUAUGUCUCCCUGCGGCUGGAUCCUGGAUCUGGUCGCCACCGUUGCCCCAAACUGGAGGACCAUCCACAACAUCCCCAACACUCCGUCCGACGAGUUCAUCCAGCAAGGCAUCUGGGACAUCUGCAGGGCCACCUCAACCAACACGAGAGCGGAGUGCAACCUGCAGGACUCCACAUACUUUGGCAACCAGAUCAUCGAGGUCGCCCAAGGUUUGAUGGUGGCCUCCCUGAUCGUGACUCUAAUCGGGCUGGCUGUGGCCAUCCCGGGGGUCCGCUGCUGGAAAGACAACCCUAACUGGACAGUGGCCGGCCUGGGCGGACUGUUGAUCUUCCUGUCGGGCGUCAUGACCAUCAUACCCAUCGCCUGGUACACACACAUCCUCGAAGAAAUCUCCACGGUGACGCCGACCGCAACUGUGACUGUCGGCUACUGCAUCAUUCUUGGCUACAUCGGCGGGAUAUUCGAAAUCCUGGCCGGCUUUGUCAUGUUCAUCGGGAUCUGUCGUUGCUGCGGAGGCAAGAACCGAGGGGAGAGACGGGUUGAUGAGAUCACCCACUUCAGCCACCAAAAGCCGCCAUCGAGACGAGUUGACGUGCCAAGCCUGAACCGGGCCAGAAGCACCGCCAGCAGCAGCGUGCCAUACUCCAAGGACUCCAUGGAUGAAGAUGUGUCCUUUCCCCGGGCCAAGAGCCCUGCAGUCAACAACUCCUACAACGGUACACCCUACGAUGCAGACCUAUGAGAGGUGACAUCUGGAGAAAGAAUACCCACAGAAGAAGGACGACUUGAAGUUAGACCUGAAUAUCUGCAAAAGAAACUGAGAGUGGAAAAUUAUAAUAGGAAGAAGCAAUGGUGAUUACACAAUGACUUUAUAACGUCACAAAAAUCAGUAGUAAAACUUAAUAUUAUUAUCUAUAAUAUUCUGGAGUAUUGUAGUAAUAACAUACUAAAAACCAUAAAGUACUUUCAGUCAGUUAAGUGAUGAAGCUAUUCUGGGAUAUUGUAACAAUAUUUCAGCUCAAAUACCUUGAAACAUAAUGAAAUAACUGUAAACUCAUUGUUUAGUGAAGAAAGAUUACUUUGCGUAUUACAGUGUUUCAUCAUUAGGACAGUGAUGCUUGAAGGCCAACAUGUAUGAUAGUGUUAAAUGAUAUGAGUGGUCAUGGCUGGAGUUGAAUGUGGAGAUGAGACCCUCAUUAUGGGCUUAGCUGCGCUGUGAUUAAUACUAACAUCAUUGUAAUACAUUAUAGGUGUGCCAUAAGCAGUGCACGUACGGAAAGUGAACCUUUCUGUGUUAUUAUGAAAGAAGAAAAAAUGAUAUUGAGUUGAAGUUUACCCUGUCUCUCUGUUACAGUCUACAAAAUGAUGCUGAACUCUGUUCUGUUUGUAAAUAGUCAUCUUUAAGGAAGCUUUUGUAUUUUUCUGCGAAUAUUGGCUAAAGCAUGAAUCAUUUCCCCCCAUGAUUCUUAUGUAAAUACUGUAUUCCUAUGCACUUUACAAUUAUGACCAACAUUGUAGGAUAAUGUGCCACAAAAAAAAAACAUCCUGAGGUGAUCGAUAUUGUUUUAAUUGUGCUUUUUAUUAAAUGUGCGCAGUGUUUCCUAAAAACAGA